GAUUUAUAGAACCGGAGAGUUCGAAUUGAACAGAUUUUUUUUCCCAAAUACUGUUGCGUUCCGAAGCAACCCUAGCUCCUAGCAAAUAUCGGUGUUUCUCUUUGAGCCCCGGUUGUGACUCCAUCAGUGCCAUAGCAAUGCCGAAGAAGCGAAAGCUCGACUCCAAAUCGGCCGAGGCUUCCGGCCCCACGAAACAGCAGCAGCAGCGAAAGCUCGAAAAAGACAAGCAGCCUUAUUUUGUAACUGAACAAUAUAUAGACGACGAAGACAGCGACGAAUACGAAGAAGUCGAAGAAGAGGUAGAAGAAGAGGAGGAGGAGGAGGAGGAGGAGGAAGAAGAAGGAGAAGAGGAAGAAGAAGAAGAAGAGGGCGAUGAAGAAGAAGAGGACGAAGAAGAAGACGGUGAUGAGAAUCCCUAUAAACCCCAGAGUAAAGCGAAAACCUCCAUGAAGGGAUCUGCACCUGCGACUUCGCGAGACGACAACGAUGAGGACGACGAGCCCCUACAGAAGGUUCUUGAACCGUUCAGCAAGGAGCAAAUUAUAAGUCUGCUCGUCGAAGCAGCGGAUAGGCACCCUGAACUGGCGGAUCGGAUCCGAAAGGUCGCGGACGAAGAACCGGCACACCGCAAGAUAUUUGUCCACGGCCUUGGGUGGGACACCAACACGCUGACCCUCAUGAACGUGUUCAGGCAGUACGGCGAGAUCGAGGAUUGCAAGGCUGUCUGCGACAAGAUCUCUGGUAAGUCCAAGGGCUAUGGCUUCGUCAUCUUCAAGAACCGCAGCGGGGCCCGUAAGGCCCUCAAGCAACCCCAGAAGAAGAUCGGCCACCGCAUGACCGCGUGCCAGCUGGCGUCGAUUGGCCCGAUCCCAACGGGGAGCGCCACCGGAGUGACUCCCACUCCGCCUGGCCCACUAUCGGAAUAUACGCAGAAGAAGAUAUACGUGAGCAAUGUUGGGGCUGAUUUGGAUAUUCAGAAGCUGUUAAUGUUCUUUGCCAAGUACGGAGAGAUUGAGGAAGGGCCAUUGGGUCUUGAUAGGGCGACCGGGAAACCAAAGGGAUUUUGUUUAUUCGUUUACAAGACUGCUGAGAGUGCGAAGAAGGCUCUGGAAGAGCCGCACAAAAAUUUCGAGGGCCAUAUAUUACACUGCCAGAGGGCCAUUGAUGGUCCCAAGCCGAACAAGUCUCAGCAGCUUCAACAACAUCCUCAGAACCAGCAAAAUGCUCAGUUCCAGAGGAAUGAGAACCCUGGUUUUAUUGGCGGAGCUGCUGUGGCCGCAACGCCGGGUCACUUGAUGGCUCCUCCUGCUGCAGCGGGAAUUGGGUUUAAUCAGGGGGCUGCGGCGGCUCAGGCGCUGAAUCCUGCUCUUGCGCAGGCAAUCACGGCCUUGCUUGCAACACGGGGUGCCGGAUUUGGGCUGACUAGUCUGUUGGGGACUCUAGGAUCCGCUGCAGCUGUAAACCCAGGUGUGCCUGCUGCGGGGCAUGGGAUACAGGGUGCGUAUCAGAACCAGGCGAAUAUGAGCGCGGGACUGAUUGGAGCGUAUGCAAAUCAAGGAGUUCAGGGUGGGUACCCGAACCAGCAGAUUGGACAAAGUGGCUCUGGAAGAGGCCAGCAUGGUGUCACGCAAUAUGGUACCAUGACUCCUUACAUGGGGCAAUAGGUGUCCCUGAGAUCCCACUUAAGUGCACCAGUCCUUUAGUACUGGCCUGGUGAUUCUUCUGAAGCUUAUGGAGCUGAUGCAAAUGGCGUCUUUAUAUUAUAUGAUGAAAUGUUACUGUUUGGAAACUACCAGAAACUUAAAACUGUCAUUUGAGGUUUUGAUUUUCUGUUCUUGUUUUAAUCUCCAUUUCGCGUUGCUUUGCUUUUAAAUUAUUGUAGUAUUUUCACCUUCAAUUAUGGUUUAAACACUUUGGAAAUAUUUAAGGAUUUUUAAAUAACCAUCUAUCAUACAUGAUGGAGUUUGGGAGUUUAAACAAA